AUGGAACGCCCGGCAGCCGUGCGUCUCUGCAGCAUCGCCCUCCUGCUGGGAGCUGGCCUCCUCCUGCCUGCAGCUGGGGGCACCCAGGCUCCCAGCGACACCGGGCGGAAGGACCUGGACACAGAAAGGGAUCUGGCCAGGGAAAUCCUUCUGGGAAUAAGAGCCGUGGAGCCGCCGGGGGAGGGUGAGAUCACCAGUGAGGUGGAACCGGGUCUGAAGGGCUUUUCCAGCAGCGCCUGGGCUCAAGGGCGCCCCCUCCAGGCCCAGGUGGGACCAGAGGAGGACCGUGACCGGCUCUACCACCCCCGGGACGAUGCUGGGGAGGCUGAUGCCCAGAGGCCACCCCAGAUGCUGUCCCUGGAGGUGCAGAGGGGCCCGGAGGAGGACCGCGACCAUCUCUACCAUGGCUGA